UGUGAAUAUGACAUUUCACCCGGAAAGCCUUUAUAAGAGACCCCCAGGGCAAGCAUCCAACACUCUUAGUUCCCAUUGCUCACAUUUCUAUCUGUCUCCCUGAUCCAACCUUCCCUCUGCUGAUAUAUCCACAGUUUCAACACUUCUUCAGAUGGCUCAGCAGAAGGUGGUGCUCAAGGUUCCAACCAUGACUGACGAAAAGACGAAGCAGAAAGCGAUCGAAGCCGUCGCAGAUAUCUACGGUAUUGAUUCGAUAGCUGCAGACCUCAAGGACAACAAGAUGACCAUCAUAGGCGACAUGGACACCGUCGAGAUAGCGAAGAAGCUGAGGAAGAUCGGCAAGAUCGACAUCGUUUCUGUUGGACCUGCCAAGGAAGAGAAGAAGCCAGAGAAGAAGGAAGAGAAGAAAGAAGAGAAGAAAGAGGAGAAGAAAGAGGAGAAGAAGGAAGAGAAGAAAGGCAAGAAAUGAAGCAACUCAUCUCGAAGCCAAUAUCAUCACGCGAACGGCAAAAGAAAAAGCUUGAUUCCCCUCCUGAGUGCUGUCCCUGUUUCGAAAUGAUCAUUUUGUACACUGUAUACACCACAGCUACAGAAAUCAAACCUUUUUGCACAUCACGUCGAACGUUGUUUUCUCAUCGUGUUAGCUAUAGCUAGCUGCCAUGCACAAUUUACCACAAUUUACAAGAAAGAGAAAAUACGGAGAAUGUGGUGGGCAACUUGCAAGUCA